AUGCGCGCCUCUCUCCUCUUCGCCGCGGCCCUGACUGCCCUCGGCGCUAAAGCCGACAGCUCCAGCAGCACAAUCAUUGGCUUCUUCGCGCCAAACUGGGACGUCACAGUCCCCCAAUACGGCGGCUAUACCAGCACCGCCGCCAGUCUCGCCAACGUCAACACCGCAGCCGCAACAUACCACGUCGGAUGCGUCAAGGACGCCCCCAAGACAGACUGCGACUACCCCAGUUCAUGGACCAUCGUCCAAGGCCCUGCGACAGUCAGUGUAACGGCCGUGUACAUCGCAAGCAGCUCCGGCAAGGACACCAACUACGAUUUGACUGUUACUGAGUCGUACGAGUGUUCUCUGAAAUCGUCCAUCCAAUCUGCUAGUUGUACCAUGAGCGUUGGGAUAACAGGUUCCGUGGAUGGGGCGAAAUAUACUUCUUCGACUUCGACAAGCGCGACGUAUACCACGGCUCCCAUCUCGGAUUCGUAUGUUCCGUUGACGGUUACGGCGGGGUUGAGUUCGUUGACGGCCCCUGAGGCGACCAAGACGGGGGGUGCAGUUGCUGCGACGGGUGUGGUGGGUUCGAUGAUUACAGCUGCGCCGGUGGUUGCUGCAGCAGUGGCUGCUUUGUUGUAA